CAUUAUAUUUUAUCACUAACUUGUUCCUAUCACUAUCAGCUGGUUUACAAAAUUAUUAUAAUAAAAAUAAUAUUAUCCAUAGAUAUUCUUGAAGUGAUAAAAAUGUAAAUUAAUGUCAGACGCAUUUUUUACUUGAUAAAAUGUGUUAAGAAUGGUGUUUAAUUGAUUAUUUGUGGUAUUUUGAGUAAAGUGGUAGUGUUGGGGAGCGGUCUUUGCAGAUGGAGGGCGAGGAAUUCAAGUGUCUCGAGUGACCGCAGCGAGCGCGGCUCGGGUGGGCCCCCGAGCGCGCAGGCAUGUGGCGAUAUGACCGAGGCUGCGGGCACGUCGCGUGGCCUUCGAGUCUACAAAAUCGUAGUUCUCGGAGAUGGGGGUGUUGGCAAAUCUGCGGUCACCUUACAAUUUGUCAGUCACAGUUUUCUGGAUUACCAUGAUCCUACAAUAGAGGAUUCAUAUCAACAACAAGCUGUUAUAGAUGGAGAACCAGCACUUCUUGACAUUUUGGAUACUGCCGGACAGGUUGAAUUUACUGCAAUGAGAGAGCAGUACAUGCGGUGUGGUGAAGGUUUCAUGAUCUGUUACUCCGUAACUGACAAGAGGUCGUUCAGGGCUGCUUCUGAAUACAAGCGAUUGUUAGCACAGGCCAGACCUACUGAGAGAUUGCCGUUAGUUCUCGUAGGGAAUAAAUUGGACUUGGCUCCAAGAUUUAGACAGGUGACAAGUGAAGAGGGAAAAGCGCUUGCAACGCAGUUGGGCUGUCCAUUCUUCGAGACUUCUGCCGCGCUGAGACACUUCGUCGAUGAUGCAUUCCACGCGCUUAUCAGAGAGAUAAGAAGACUUGAGAGACAGCGGCAGUCGUCGCUGGUAGGCGCGGGAGUGACCAGCGGUGGUGGAAGACGCCGGUGGCGUCGUCUACGCAGUAUAUUUGCGUUUGUCUUUCGUCGCAAGAAGCGUCCUGCCACCUGACUCAGCAGUAAAUUGUGAGAUUAAAAAUAUACUCAUCAUAUAUGUCAGCAUUUCUGCUUUAAACGUUGGAGAUACGUUUUUUUUCCACCGACGAUGAAGGCUAACACGAAACGGUCUUCUGAUUUCCUCUGGGGAAACAAAGUCUUAAAAGUGAAAAUCGUAUAAUAUUAUAUUACACCUAUAAACAACAUAUUAAAUUGAAGUACUACCGGAUUUUAAUCCUUUUUAAAAUAAAUUCAGAUUACGUGACUUCAUGAAUCGUAAAUAAGGAAACUCGAGAUAAUACAGUAUUUUGUAAGCAAAUUAAUUUUUUUGACCAACCUAAGACCAAAACAAUAAUUUAUUAAAUAUGAAAUGAAAUAUAAGUGAACAUUAAGGUGUCAUAAUGAAAAAAAAAACAUUGGUAUAAAACGAUUAAUUAAAUUUUAUUAUGAAAUAAAAUAUUAAUUACAUACAUAAUAAUGUGUUACUUAUUCUUUUAGAUAAUGUACCUUUUACUACCUCAUAUUUAUGUUUAUAUAACUUACCAUAAGUAGUUAUUAGUAUAAUUUAUAGCUGUCGUAUGCCGUGAAAUUAGACUUUUAGCUGUUAAAUAUAGAUUAUAUAAACAUAUAAUUCAUACUCGAUAGGAAUGUUGUCUUGUUAUUUUUGUCUGUGACUCAGCAUAAAAACUCUUUUGAACAAUUUGGCUGUCAACCUUUGCCUUAUUUUAAAGGUCACACAAAAAUAGAGUUUUUAUGUAAUUUUAGGUUAUUAACACCUGGCCGGAUUAACAUGUUACUAUAGUAAUAUAUUAUGAUUCUUCCUAACUAAUGGCCUACUAAAGAAAUAUUUUUUAAUUAACAUGUAAAACAUCUAAUUUUAAAAGGCUUACAAUUUAUUGUGGUAACUGGAAAAAGUCUUCCGGAUGUCAGUAUCGAAGAAAAUUUUAAUUUUUAAUUAUUAUAAUAAUUGGGAUAUCAAUAAAAGUUUAUUCGUUUUUACUAGUGAUGGGCUGAAUUUGGUUUGAACCGAAUACGAACUUCGGCCAAACAUUCGGAAAAACUAAAAAUUCGGCCGAAGUUCGGUUGGAUUUCGCCGCGCUUUCUCGGGAGUGAAAGGUCGCGUCUUGUUUAUGCAUCGCGGUUAGCUACACCCCAACCGCACCCCCGCGAGAGCCUGGGUCGGUCAUCUUCAUGACGCGUGCGUUUUACUUCAACAUUUAACAUAUUUCGUUGAGAAAUAAUACUUUUUUUUUGUUGCAAGUGUCAACAAAGAGUUUGUUUUUUUUAACAGAUUGACAGAUUUUAGGUUCUAUUAUUUUCAAUAAAAAAAGUGCAGAUAUUUUGAUUAGUUUUUUUACCUACCGAAUAAGCCUAACUUCGGCCGAUUGCCGAAGUUCUGUUCAAGCCGUUCGGUUAAACCGUAUGUAAAACGAAUUUCAGCCCAUCCCUAGUAUUUACUGUAAUAACUUAUAUUGAAAUCUAACUUGUGCGUUAGUUACACGCCAUGAAUAUUUACUGAGAAAUAAAUUUUAUCCAUUUAUAUUUGGCACGGCAAAAUAACAGUUGCUUGCGAUUUUUGUAGUCUCAUUAGUGUUUCUAGAAUUUUAUAAAAGUAUUUUGUAAACGCAUUCGAUUGCGCGUUAGAUAUAGAUUAAACGGAAUUGAUAAAUAUAGUAAUUUCAUUAGUAGCGGUCCCGUAAUCCGCCCAGUAGUAACACGUAUAGGCGCGUUUUAGUGAUUUUAAUAUGAACAACCCCAUUUAUUAUAGGUACCUACAUUGAGGUAUUAAGUUAACUGUUAAAUUGAUCGAUUUUUCUUAGACUAAAAGAACUGAUAAGGGCUUCAACUUUUAUCAUCGCGGAACUUUAACAUACUUAAUUAUUAUGACGGGUAUCUCACGAUAUAUAUUUUAUUAUUUUGAUGCCGAUGCAGAAGCUAUCAAAAUUAAAAAAAUCCUAAGAAUUUUAAUAAUGAGGAUCGUUUUAGACUAAACAUGGAAUCCCGUGGUCUCUCUCUGCAGUACAAAUGCAACAAAAAGACCCGAAAGAAUGGACGUCGCCAGUAGUGUGUCGUGUAUUAGGGAAUCAAAGACCUAAACGAAUUAGGCGCCACGUGGACAGAUUGAUGUACUAUUAGUGUCAAGUGUCAAAAGAGAUUCUCGCCGCCUCCGCAGUUCCGCCGCGACCACGACUCAUGCAAUUAGAUCGAAAUAUCGGCAUCAAAUUAAUCUUAAUAUAUCAAAAAUAUAAAAUUCUCAUGUCGCGGUGUUUGUAGUUAAACUCCUUCGAAACGGCUUGACCGAUUCUCAUGAAAUUUUGAGUGCAUAUUGGGUAGGUCUGAGAAUCGGACAACAUCUAUUUUUCAUCUCCCUAAAUGUUAAGGGUGGUACACGCAUUUUUUUUUUAAAUUUGUUUGAUUAUGAGUCAGCACUAAAAAUACGUACAACGUUUGCUGGGUCAGCUAGUAUAUUAUAUAAAUCUAGUGUCCCGAUGUUUGUUUCCAGUGAACUCCUAAACUAAUGAACGGAUUUUAAUGGGGAUUACUUCAUAGAGUGCAGUUUAGUCCAACUUGAUAGAUACGAUAGUUUUUAUUUCGAUUUGGAACCUUAAUAAUUUUUUAUUUCCAAUAUUUGUUUUGUAUGGACAUAUUUUCUUUAAGAUAAUUUAUUGCCGCACAGUUUGACAGUUCUGCUGUCAAUUUCAUUAUAACAGCAGGGAGCAUUUUCAUUUUACGUAAUAAAAUUUUCUAUCGAGUCCUAAACCUUUUUCUUUUAGUCUAAGCAUAGUUCGUGUUAGUAAUUUAUUGAUCAUUUAGUGUUGCCAUUUCGGUAGAUUUAAAUUUUACCUUAGAGUACAAUUUAAGUGAGAUCCAAUGAGCUACUCGUAAUCUGUGUGACAGAGACAGCAAUAAGGUAGAGAUGAAAAAAGAGUUAUAUUUACAUAAUAUUAUAUGCUAAUUAUAUGAUAAUCAAUGUGUGUUUUAUUAGUGUUGUGUGAAAUUGAUAUUGUUACGUUAGGUCGAUACGCACAAA